UCAUAAGUAAAAAAAUCCUUAUUCAAACCGUUUUAGGGUUUUGUGUAGCAGCCCAAGCUAAUAAUGGUAGUUUUUCUUGGUACCCGAAUCCAGAGCAUCACCUGGUUCAGGUUCAACCCUUCGCACAGCCACAAGCUCCUUCAGCGGAGAGCCCUGGAGAUUUCGAUGUUGACAAUGCAACAGGGCCAAUCUAAAAGACCCAUUUGCCCUUCUUGUUCCAAACCCAGCCGAACGUGUCUCUGCUCUCGAAUCCUCACACCGGGUCUCCAAAAUUCUGUGCAUGUAACCAUUCUACAGCACUCGCUAGAGCGUAAGCAUCCCCUCAAUUCUACCAGAAUCGCUAUAUUGGGCCUCAAGAAUCUCACCGUUGCAACUGUUUCUGAUGUUAAUUUCGAAGCCCGGUUCCUGAUUCGGUUGUUGGAUCCGAAUUACCAUUCGGGUCAUGCUGGAAACGAGCCAACUGCGUUGUUUUCUCGUCAGUGUUGGGAAAUUGGAGACACCCAGAAAUUGCUUUCUGAGAAAGAUUCUAACUUGAUUGAUACUGAUAGUGCUGGAAAAUGUGGUUUGAGAAAUGAUGUUGGAGAUGUUCUGGAUUCUGCUUCUAAUGCAGAAGUUGUGAAACAAGUGAGUAUCAGUGAUGGUGCAGUGAUGGACGAUGAAGUUGAGAAAAAUGCAAUUAGUCCAAAGUGUGAUUUAGCUAGAGGUGUACAUGAAGAGAGUGGAGAACUAGCUGUUACUGUUACCAUUGGCAAAUAUGGUGCCAUUAGCUCUUUGUCUCAUAUUUGGAUGACUCAAGCACAAUGUCAAUCCCCCGAGUUAAGCUUUGACAAUAUUUUGGCGUACCCGGAAGCUUGUGAAGCACUCUCAAAAGGGUUUUUGGUGAAGAAGUUUCAAAGGAAGCAACUGAAUAGGGAUGAAGAAUUGGAAGAAUGUGAAGAAUUUGAGCUUGAGGUUCGUCCUGGAUCGGUACUACUAUUUCCCUCUGAAAUGGCUGUUGAUGUUAGUGACCUGGAUGCUAUAGGUUUUGAGGUGAAGAACUUGAUUGUUCUGGAUGGAACAUGGGCUAAGGCAAAAAGAAUUUAUAGUGAAAAUCCUUGGUUGAACAUUUUGCCACACGUGAAGUUGGAAGUGAACAAGACAAGCUUAUAUAGUGAUGUGAGACAUCAGCCUAAAGCUGGUUAUUUGUCCACCAUUGAGAGCAUUGUAUUUGCCUUGAAGGCAGUUGGGGAGUUGAAUCAUGAGGGUUUGGAAGGUCUCUUGGAUACUUUUGAGUCCAUGGUUGGAGAUCAGAGGCGCUGUAAAGAGGAGAGACUGAGCAAACACUUUUCCUGUUGAGGUCCUUUCUUCUUUUGAUUGAACAACUCGAAGAAGUUGCUUCAACCCAAAAUAGAAUCUAUUUACAAUAAAUUAUGAACCAUGAAACUUGUAAGAGUUUUUUUUGCCUCCAUAUCAUUUCCCUGUAUGCAAAACACAACAUGGGAAUCCCAGUGGAUUAUCUGUAUAAUGUUAUGCAUGGAGAACUCCACUCCAAUGAGUUUAUUGAAACUUUACAGAUUAUUGCUGUGCCACAUCUGCUGAACAAGGACAGGAGCAGUCUCAGAUAAAGCAAUCAGUUACUGAUUGAAAUUGAACUAUGCUAAGAGGGUGGGAAUUUGUAUCGAUGUUUUAGCACAAUUCUAUUUUUAAGAUUGGACAAUGCACUGAAUGAUGUCUUUAGAAUCAAGACAAUUUUGCAGUUUGUAGUGUUACUACUGCUACAUGUUUACACUGAAUGAAGACAUUAUGCACAUUGCAUAUUGCUAGAGUCUCUCCUCAAGAAAGUAGGGGAGAGCAUGUUCCCCGAGAACUUUUGGACAGAAUCAUGGCUGUUCAUGCUUGCUGGUUUCAACUUCAAGCCAAGAGACACUGCAAGCACCAAGCUGGACCAUUAAUGAUCACAGAUACCUCAGCAGAAACUGACAGUGCCAAAGUUACCCAUUUUCCAACCACUUAAUGAUGAUGAUGUGAAAUAGAGUUAAUUGUUAACAAAACAACAUGGAGAAACAAAACCUAAAUGAGAGGAGGAAGGGGAAAGAUGUUAUCCGCCUAAAUUCACCAGAUACCGAUAUCUGUUUAGAACUCAGUUAGUAUUCACACUUUAUAAAAUCAUUGUGAUGGCAUAAAUGUAAUUAGAUUCUAUUCAGCAGAUUUCAUGUGUUGAUGUAUAUUGGAUAAAUCCGUUUCAGUACUUCCAGACGGAAUAGGCCAACCCAGUAGUUUCCACUUAAUGCUUAAUUAUCAACUCUGCUGUUUUUACCGUU